AUGGCACACUCCAUUGAAAAGUAUCUAGAAAACAUAAAGAGUAAAAAUAACGUGGCCCUUUUUUUUGCAGUCAAAAAAUUAAUUGAUUUAUCGGUAAAUAAUGACGAAAUUCCUCUACUAUUCCCAGUAUUGUUAGAAGUGGAAGCCGAAAUAAAAAAAACAUUGAAUACCCCGGAGGUGGACAUCUCCAAAGUCACAUUCAAAAAGUCAUUAUUCUAUGAUUUGCUACAUAGAGUUGGAAAUUCAGAAAUUUUCCUAGAAAGUCAUGAAAGACCAACGCCCAAGGUGAAAACUUUCAAAUUCAAGUUGGACGAAAAGGCUAUCAAAUUGUUAACCGAAAAUCCAAAUUGCAGGGUAGUAUUUAUGUCAAUCAAGGUUGACGCUUUUACCACAGAUAAAUAUAUUGAAUUUCCCUCUCCUUGCAAAUUUACCGUGAAUGAUAAGGAUGUAAUCGGCAAUUACAAAGGUAUAAAAGGAAAGAAAUCGUCUGUUAUUCCGUUUGAUAUAACACCUAGGGUGAAGUUAAGGGAAGAAAAUAAGGUCAGCGUGACGUACAAUUUUACAAAGGAGGACCAUUUAGUUGCCGUUUAUAUUAUACAAGGUGGAAAGAUUGAACCGUUGAUACAAAGAGUUAAGCACUCUCCUCAUAUUUCUGCUGAAACAACUCUGAAAAUGAUUAAAGAUGAUGAUAUGGAUGAGGUUUCCGCAUCAAAAGAGACUUUAUCAAUUUUAUGUCCUUGUUCAUAUGUGCGAAUGGAAACUCCUGUACGAUCGAUAAGAUGUAAUCAUAUUCAGUGUUUUGAUUUGGACUCCUACAUAUACCUUCAAUCAAAGGCACCAACUUGGCUGUGCCCAGUUUGUAAUCAUAAAAUAAAGUAUUCCCACUUAGCUAUAGAUGAUUAUUUUGAUUCAAUCAUAAAAAAAAUUGACUCUAAGUAUGAAUUUGUUGAAAUUCAAAGUGAUGGUUCUUGGGCUCCACAAAUAGAUCUAGAUUCACGGUUAAAGCCAUCGAAAUUACCUUCAUCUGUUAAGAUUACUAAGGUUAAUAAUCAAGAUGUUAACAUCAAGGAAGAAGAAGAUGUUAUUACGAAUGAUAUAGGAAAGUUAAUUAUUCUAGAUGAUAAAUAUGGAAAUCAAGUUGAAAUCGUGGAAGACCUUGUAAGUAAUAGAGGGACAGAUCAUGAAUUCCAUGCUCCCAUAAUUGAAGCACCACAAAAGACAUUAGCUAGUACAGAUACUAAAGUAACUAUUAAGCCAAAUAUUGGUAUUACAUCACCUCAGAAUAAGCCAGAUCCUUUAGUUCCGGUAGAUGCUUCCAAUAUUAUUGAGAUUUUGAGUGACGAUGAGGAUUUAUCCACGCAACCUGUACCAUUCAUUCAUGGAAAUGUUGCACCCCAGACACAACUAUCACCAGACAAAGAGACUGUAACAAGGUCACCAACGCUUCCCCAAAAUUCUAAUAAGCAAACUCAUCAUCACACGGGUGAUGCACAAGAUGUGCCUUUGAUUGUACCAUCCAUUCCCACAAGUUCUAGCCACAAUUUGUUAAUUGAGAGCAAUCAUUACUUACCUCAAAUUGCGUUUAAUGCCACAACAAAUCAUAACGUACAGCAACAACAGCAGCAACAACAGCAGCAACAACAGCAGCAACAACAGCAGCAACAACAGCAGCAACAACAGCAGCAACAACAGCAACAACAGCAACAACAGCAACAACAGCAGCAGCAGCAACAACAACAACAACAGCAACAACAGCAACAACAACAGCAGCAGCAACAACAGUGUGUACCACCACACACACGAUCAGGGCCUCUGCAGGCACAAACCGAAAAACGAUCUCAAGACCAACCUUCUCUUGCGAAGCGAAAUUCCCAUAUACAAGAACAUGUUAAUAGUUUUCAUAUCAACUGUCAAGGAACACCCACUCCAGCACAACCAGUACGAUCUCAAAAUACUAGAAUAUCGACCCAAAUCCCAACAAACACUCAUUCCACAAAGACAUCUACUCCUAACCCCCAAGACAACGAUUCAACCAGGACUAACAAGACAGUUAUUAAUGAAGAGUACGAAAUGAUUAGCCAUACUGUGAAUUCAUUGAAUGCCAUAAUGUGUCGUUAUAUGGCCUCUGAUAUUAAAAGUAGAGAAUCUAUUUUGAAAAGUGUGUACAAUGAUCGUCAAAAUAACAAACCUAUUUCAGAAGUGACAGUUAGCCAAUACGGAAGUCUUACUAGAUCAAUAGCAUCUUAUAUGGCUUUUGCCUUUGAGAUGAGUUGCUCACUUUUGAGGCAACUUAGUUUAAGAGAACAAAGUUUCUGCAAAAGUUUGGAUAUAGAUCUUAGAGAACAUCUAUUAGCGUUGGAAAAGCAUUCUCAAGUUUACAAUGAUUAUUGUACUAGAUUAUUAUAUAACGAUAUCUCAUAUCGGGUGCAAUCUGCAUUUUUGAAAUGCAUAGAUGAUCUAAAGACAAGGUUCGUAAAAGAUACGGUUUCUAAUAGAAGGAAAGCCCUUGCUGGGAUUUUUCUUCAAUUAUGUGGCUACCUAAAAGAUGAAUUAAUGAAUAAACCAUAUUCAUUUUUCUACAAACUUGCAAUCCUAAGAUUUUCUAGCUUGGUGUCUGUUGAUGGAAUAAAAUUUCAGAUCUCUUUAGAUAUUAAUAAUGAAGAAGCAAACAAAAUCAACAACUUAGCCAAGAAAUUAAGAGAAUUUGAUGUGAAUUCCUAUUUGAAAGACCAUAAUUUGCCAAAUAACCUUGAAACAUAUGAAACAUUUACUUUCACUUCGAAUCAGUCAUCAACAAACACUGGAUCCUCGAAUGCGUCUUCCCUUUAUAGAGAUUCAAGCAAUAAAUCAAAUAUGUUUAGCAAUGAACCUCUAGCUACACCACCCCUUUCAACUAAAAAUCAAACAGUACCAGGACCAGAGAUUCCGUGCACGCCAGCCAUAUCAACAACUUCAGACUCUCAUUUGACACUUAACACUGUUUCAGAGAGUUUUCUUGGUCUCCAUCAACAACAACAAAUGAGGGUAUCAGAGAACCCAAACGGGCUAGAACAACAUCAUUUCAGAUACACCACGCAUCAACAACCUACACGUAAUCACGCUCAACCACGGAUUCAAGCACCAAAGAUAACACCAGAGCAAAUAAUAGAGCAACAAAAAAAGAUGGCAAAAACACGAGAAUUUGAAGCCACACACAGAGCAGGGAUUGAAGCUAAAGCACUUGAAGAGAGAAAGAGAGCAGCGGAAGCAAGACGAAAGGCAGAAGCAGAAGCCAAAGCACUUGAAGAGAGAAAGAGAGCAGCGGAAGCGGAAGCAGAAGCAAGACGCAAGGCAGAAGCAGAAGCCAAAGCACUUGAAGAGAGAAAGAGAGCAGCGGAAGCGGAAGCAGAGGCUAAAGCACUUGAAGAGAGAAAGAGAGCAGCGGAAGCAAGACGAAAGGCAGAAGCAGAAGCCAAAGCACUUGAAGAGAGAAAGAGAGCAGCGGAAGCGGAAGCAGAGGCCAAAGCACUUGAAGAGAGAAAGAGAGCAGCGGAAGCAAGACGAAAGGCAGAAGCAGAAGCCAAAGCACUUGAAGAGAGAAAGAGAGCAGCGGAAGUAGAAGCAGAAGCAAGACGCAAGGCAGAAGCAGAAGCCAAAGCACUUGAAGAGAGAAAGAGAGCAGCGGAAGCGGAAGCAGAAGCAAGACGCAAGGCAGAAGCAGAAGCCAAAGCACUUGAAGAGAGAAAGAGAGCAGCGGAAGUAGAAGCAGAAGCAAGACGCAAGGCAGAAGCAGAAGCCAAAGCACUUGAAGAGAGAAAGAAAGCAGCGGAAGUAGAAGCAGAAGCAAGACGCAAGGCAGAAGCAGAAGCCAAAGCACUUGAAGAGAGAAAGAGAGCAGCGGAAGCGGAAGCAGAAGCAAGACGCAAGGCAGAAGCAGAAGCCAAAGCACUUGAAGAGAGAAAGAGAGCAGCGGAAGCGGAAGCAGAAGCAAGACGCAAGGCAGAAGCAGAGGCCAAAGCACUUGAAGAGAGAAAGAGAGCAGCGGAAGCAAGACGAAAGGCAGAAGCAGAAGCCAAAGCACUUGAAGAGAGAAAGAGAGCAGCGGAAGCAGAAGUAGAAGCAAGACGCAAGGCAGAAACAGAAACCAUAAAUAAAGCAGGAUCAGCUGAAAGUAACAUAGAGAAUCAGUUAAAAGUACAGGAAGAACUUGAUAAAGCUAAAUUAGUUAUGCCAAGGGCGAGAGAAAGAAAGGAUAAUCCAUAUUCCACAAAGGAUAAUGUACAAUCUAGUGUGACCAUUGUUGACAAUAGUACUGCAUCUUCUCUAACAUCAGGAACUACGUCAAAUUUUAAGCCAAUAGUUGCAUCAUCAUCAUACUCUGCAGUAAGAGCAGACCAAAUACCAUUUAUUAGUGAUGGGGAAAUCGUUAAGCAGGCAAUAAAUAAUAAGGAUUCUCCGGUGGCUUCUCUUUCCAAGGCAUUUCCGAAUAAACGUAACCAGCAGCAAGUUAGAAAUGAUGAUAAAUCAAAUGUGGCUGGAUUGGUUUCUGAAAACAGAACGAUGGCUGUAAACGCUGCUCAACAUACUGACCAGGGGAUUGGGUCUGAACAGAAUGAAGAACUCCGGCCUGCUUACUCUACCAAAAAAACUGUCGAUACCAACCAAUCUACCAGUACAAUAAAACUUCCUGUAACUGUCAAUGGUCAACCAGGAACCAUAAUAAAGCCCGACCAAAAAAUGGUUAGUCUACACACGGAAAACUCGUCCACUAUACCACAAGUUAAAGUUUCAAGCAAUCCAAUCAAACCAACUAAGUCCUCAUUAAGUAUCAAGCCAGUUUUUGGGGCGCCAGUAUCAAAUGCCGAUCAAACUAGCUCUCUUUCAAGUAUACCUAAAGAUAGGCAACCUAACAACCAUACAAAGUCUCUUAAUGUUUCAUCCAAAAGGGUUUCUGAAUUAGCUGCUUCAUUGCCUUAUUUAGCAAAUGAUGAAAACUCAUCCUCUCUAGUUGCUUUAAAAAAGACACACAUGCCGGCUCAAUCUUCGGAAGGAACAACUGAACGGAAUAUUGAAUCAAUAAGUUUGAAAAGUUCUCCAAUCAAGAACGAUGCUAUCAGUUUUAGGCAUGGUACACCUCCUUUGAAGAGCAAUGAAGAGAUUAGCUUUAAAUCUGCUUCUGUUGUUUUGCCAGCUGAACACCGACAUUCUUGCCCGAUUGCCUUUAAAGAUGCUGCUCAUAAGCAAGUGAGCACCCAAAAAUCUGUACAAACAAUCAAGCCUACUGGAGAUAAUUCAACUCUAUAUGGCGAAGGAGCCAAAACUGCAGAAAAGAAUGCUUUACCGGAUGAUAAUAUAAAACCAAGACAGCAGGGCAAUGGACACUCUGCCAAGAAGGUUAAUGAAAACGCUAGCGACAAGACAAACAAUACGGCCAAAGAAAAAUCCACAGAGAAUGGUCAUGAAAAGUCUAAGAAUAGCGUAAAUGCUAAUGCAGAGAUUUCAGGUAAAAUUGAUAAGCAAUCUCUAUUACCAAUUGUUAAUUCAAAAAUAUCAAGCUCAUCCACAUCACCGCCACCUAAAUCUAUACCCGACUUGUCUACUAAGCGAAUUAUGAAGGCAAAAGAAUCAUCAAUAAUUAAGAAACAACAGAAGCACAAUGAACUAAUGAGUAAAAUUAAAGGUUUGGAACAAGUCCGGGGGUCUCAUACUUAUUUCAAAUCUGAGAAUCCAAUCAAGAAAACAGAGACAAGUGAUCGUGUUAAUCGGUUAAUUGAGAAGGCCAAAGCAGAAUAUGCUGGACGGACGACAAAACUAGGUGUGAACAAUGCUGAAGCAAAGACUAUGCCCACAGGUGGAUUACUUGGGUUUUCGUUACCUAAAUCAAUGAGAAGUCUAUUUAGAGAGAAAAUUGACAGCCAAAAGGAUACGAAAAAGAAAGGCGAUGAUGAGACACAUGUUACAAAACGAGAGUUAAGGUCAGGAGAGAAAAAGAGUAAAUCAAAUAAGAAACAAGGAGAAGUUCCAUACGGUGAGGCAAGAGAAGACGUCACUAAAGCAGCAGCAGCAUCGGCAGCCGAAAAAGAACAUCUUCGUAAGGAAAAAAAACGACUAAAGAAGGAGAGGAAAAUGGAGAAGUUGAAAAAAGAACAGAAGCGGCUAAAACGUGAACGCUCGGAAUCAUCAAGCAAUAUCAAUAAGAAGCGAAAACUAGGAUUGCAGCCUACAGUUAACUUUAAUAACAAUAAAGAAUCUACUGAUUUGUUACGAAUGUUUAGACAAAGUGAGAACUAUGUCAAGUUUACUAACAAAAAGCAGCAUGCUAAUAAUAAGGUCAGUAAAGUGGAUACGGAGUUUAUCGAUUUAACUGCUGAUGAUUGA